AUGACUUCGUUGACUCAGCGGAAUUCGGGCCUUGUGCAGAGGCGAACCGAAGCCUCUCGUAGUGCCGCUGACAAAGACCACUCGCCCGGCAAAGAGGACCAAGAGUUUAGGCCAGGAGAAGAUCGAGGCGAUGACGAUAGUCGAGACUCAAAAGAAACACGCUUGACUUUAAUGGAAGAGGUGCUGUUAUUGGGACUUAAAGACCGAGAGGGAUAUACAUCCUUCUGGAAUGACUGCAUUUCAUCAGGGUUACGAGGGUGCAUGCUGAUUGAGCUCGCUUUACGCGGACGUCUUGAGUUGGAAGCCUGUGGUAUGCGGAGGAAAGGUCUGCUUGCCAGAAAGGUCAUUUGUAAGUCAGAUGCUCCGACAGGGGACGUCCUUCUGGAUGAAGCAUUAAAACACAUCAAAGACACCCAACCACCAGAGACUGUGCAGAGUUGGGUUGAACUACUCAGUGGAGAGACAUGGAAUCCCCUGAAACUUCAUUAUCAACUGAGAAACGUCCGUGAAAGACUCGCCAAAAAUUUGGUGGAGAAAGGUGUUCUUACCACUGAAAAGCAGAACUUCCUGCUUUUUGAUAUGACCACGCACCCGCUUACUAACAACAAUCUCAAGCAGCGCCUGAUUAAGAAGGUCCAGGAGGCUGUAUUGGAAAGGUGGGUGAAUGACCCCCAUCGAAUGGACAAGCGACUUCUUGCACUCAUCUUCUUAGCCCAUUCCUCUGAUGUCCUGGAAAACGCCUUUGCACCAUUGCUGGAUGACCAGUACGACCUGGCAAUGAAAAGGGUACGGCAGCUUCUUGAAUUGGAGCCUGAAAGUGAAAGCAUGAAGGCUAACACAAAUGAGCUCUUAUGGGCUGUAAUAGCUGCAUUCACCAAAUGA